UGUUUACGUUCGUUGUGAUGCGUUGUCAGUCAGUCUUGCACAGAAAGGGGAAAACAUCUCGAGAUCAGUGAGCAGAUUUUGCUUCAUUUCCGCAGUUUCAGUGCAACAAAAGUUACAAUUCAACGACGCAUUUUAUGCAAAGGUACAGAAAUCAAUCUAAUUGCACUUGCUAAGACAGCAGAACAUUAGUUGUUAGUGUAGCAAACGAAGGAGGCCCCCGAAAAUGUUGGAUUUGUUCACCAUUUUUACCAAGGGCGGAAUCGUCCUCUGGUACUUCCGAGGCACUAAUCAAAUAUUCGCCCCCUCGGUGAAUGCGCUCAUUCGAAGCGUAAUUCUACAGGAGCGAUCUGGAGUGUACGAUCACGAUGGAUUAUCGCUUCAGUACAAACUGGACAAUGAAUUCGAAUUGGUUUUUGUCGUCGCAUUCCAAAAGAUCCUUCAGCUGUCGUACAUUGAUAAGUUCUUGAGCGAUGUCCACUUGGAGUUCCGUGAUAAGUACAAGAACGACCUUAGGGUUGAAAAUCGGAAUUAUUCAAAUUUCAACUUCCAAGAUGAUUUCACGCGCAUUUUGGAACAGGCCGAAAAGUGGGGACGAAUGCAGGCAACGCUUCCGAAGCAAAUGCGUAGCUACGAAGAUUCCCAUAAAUCUAAGAAGACGGUUGCAUCUAUGAUUGAGCGCAAGGGUGAAGAGAAGCCAGUUGGGGGUAGCAAAAAAUCGGUAAAAAUUGUAGAAACUAAGAAUGAGGUGCCGGAGACGAUUGUUCCAGAUCAGAUGAAUGGAGCAAAUGACGAUGUUAUCUUGGAAAAUCGUAAGAAAAUGAUGGAAAAGCUCAACAAGAAGAAAGGAGAUAAGCCAAAGUCUCCGAAAUCCCCUCCUCAAAAGUCAGGAAAGCAAAUGCGUGUCUGGGACUUGGGAGGCAACACUAGAGAUUUGCCCAAUUUGGAUCGCUCCAAAGACAAACCGGAAGACAUGAAGAGCGAUUUUACACCGACCAAUGCCAUUAUUGGUACCAUGAAGGGAGGAAUUCAGGAUAUGGAAGUUGAAAGCGAUAGCGAAUACUCCGAGGAUGAAGAUGAAGAGGAGGUACAAGCCUAUGCCAACAGUUCCAGUGCUGCACCAGUUAAAAAAUCCGGUGGUGUCUUCUCCUUGUUCAAGGGCUUGGUAGGAUCGAAGAAUCUUACUCGUGAAGACAUGCAGCCAGCGUUGGACAAACUUCGCGACCAUUUGAUAUCCAAAAACGUUGCAUCCGAUAUUUCUCACAAGUUGUGCGAAUCGGUAGCGGUCAAAUUGGAAGGAAAAGUCCUCGGAACAUUCGACACCAUUGCCACGACUGUUAAGAAUACAUUGACCGAAGCGUUGGUUCAAAUCCUAUCACCAAAGCGUCGCGUAGACAUUCUUCGCGAUUGCUUGGAAGCUAAGAAAAACAAGCGCCCUUACGUGAUGAGCUUUUGCGGAGUGAACGGCGUGGGAAAGUCUACCAACUUGGCAAAGAUAUGUUUCUGGCUGAUUGAGAACAACUUGAAUGUGUUGAUUGCUGCUUGCGAUACGUUCCGAGCUGGAGCUGUUGAACAGCUUCGGACUCAUAUGAGGCAUUUGAAUGCUUUACACCCACCGGAGAAGCACUCGGGAAGAAAUAUGGUACAACUUUACGAGAAGGGCUAUGGAAAAGACGCUGCCGGUAUUGCGAUGGAAGCCAUACGGCAUGCCAAGGAUUCGGCCGUCGAUGUGGUCUUGAUUGACACCGCUGGUCGGAUGCAGGACAACGAACCACUUAUGAGAGCGUUGGCUAAAUUAAUUAAGGUAAAUGAGCCCGACCUAGUGCUGUUCGUUGGGGAAGCUCUUGUCGGAAAUGAAGCCGUAGAUCAGCUGGUGAAAUUCAAUCAGGCCUUGGCGGAUUAUUCCUCAAAUGAAAAUCCCCACAUCAUCGAUGGAAUCGUCCUGACGAAGUUCGAUACUAUUGACGACAAAGUGGGUGCUGCCAUAUCGAUGACCUACAUUACCGGACAACCAAUCGUAUUCGUCGGAACCGGACAGACAUAUACCGAUCUGAAGAAGUUGAACGCUAAAGCCGUCGUACAUGCGUUGAUGAAGUAAAUUACAAAUCUAUGCUUCAAUUUGUGUCUGCCUGUGUUUUGAUCUUAAGAUUCAGAUGUCAUUGUGUCCCAGUUCCAAUUUUGUAUCAUUUCUUCAACGAGUUUACCCAACGAUUCUAUUCCGCUUAGCAAAGACAUUAUAGAAAUAUUCCAGCAGGGUUAGACAAUUGAAAAUUUAUCUCUUAGCUACUUAUUGUUUUAUUUCACGAAAAUGUGUACCUAAUAGUUUUUCGUUCUGGGAUGUGUAUUAUCAUUGUACUGUUUUGCUAUUUUGUUGUGUUUUAUAAAUGGAAAACUAUUAUUCCCAUCUCCGUAGUCCUAAAAAUAUAUUGACGGGAUGAAGCAGUUCUAUGAAACUUUUCUUAUUU